GUUGAGUGCAAAAAGUCAACAUUUUAAAAGUCAAACUAAUCGGUCGAAGAAACCAAAUGAAUUUUUAUUUUUGUUUAUAAAUGUUUUGGUCAAUAUUAGCUCGUCGACAAAAAGAUUCAUUUCGAUUCCCAAACCAAACAACAAGAACACAAACUCGCUCGGAAGAAAAACUCCUUUUUGAGAAAAUAAAUGGAUCCGUCGGAGUUUUUUGGCGGCGGCAAUACUUCCGACCAGCAGAACCAGAAACGUCAGCUUCAGAUCUAUGGUCAACGUCCCUCACCUCUCAGCGUCCACAAAGACUCUCACAAGAUCAAGAAACCUCCCAAACACCCUGCUCCUCCUCCGCGUCAGCAUCGCGACCAAGAUCCGCUCUACGCCGCUAGAGAGCCGGUGGUCAUCUACGCCGUCUCGCCGAAAGUCGUCCACACCACAGCCUCGGAUUUCAUGAACGUCGUCCAGCGUCUCACCGGCAUCUCCUCCGCCGUUUUCCUCGAACCCGGUAACGGCGGUGAUGUAUCUCCGGCGGCGAGACUCGCCGCGACGGAGAAUGCUAGCCCGAGAGGAGGAAAAGAACCGGCGCCGGCGGCGGAAAUCUCGACGGCUAUGGAAGAAGCAGCUGAGUUCAGCGGUUAUGCUGCGCCGGGGAUACUCUCCCCUUCUCCGGCUAUGUUACCGACAGCUUCUACCGGAAUAUUCUCGCAGAUGGGUGGGAUGUUCUCGCCGGGGAUACCACCGGGAUUGUUUUCGCCGGCGGGGUUAAUGAGCCCGUUUGGUUUUGGUAGCUGGGUUGCUUCUCCAACGUUUGCUGAUGUGUUCAGUCAUAUUUGGGAUUCUUAGUAUGUAGAUUUUGAUGUAUAACCCCCAAAGAGUUUAAAGAUGAGGUUGUAUGUGUUAUGUAUACUAUUAUUAACUUUCAGACAAAGUAUUUUAUCCUGACCUUAA